AUGCUCGGAAACGGCUUCGCGUCCGCCAUUGCGGCGGUGGCUAUCGUCUCCUCGCUGUGCUCCGCGCAGUCCGCGGGUUCAUCGAUGACCGUGGUGGAGUCGCCUCGCAUCGAAGACAUCAAGCAGCCGCUGCAGCGCGUGGCCUUUGGCUCGUGCAACGACCAGAGCUUCCCUCAACCCAUGUGGACUAACAUCUCAGCGCACGAGCCGGAGCUCUGGAUCUGGAUGGGCGACAAUAUCUACGCUGACGUCAAGGAGCUGGGCGAGCCACGUCCGAUCCCAAUCCCCCCACGGAAGAUGUUCGUGGAGGCCACUCGCGAGGAGCUCAUCCGACGAUACAAUAAGCUGCUGGCCAACGAGGACUACGCGUCUUUCGUCAACCGCACGCCCAUUAUUGGCAUUUGGGACGACCACGACUAUGGUAUUAAUGACGGCGGCAACGAGUUCUCGAACCGGGAGGCGAGUCAGGAGGUUUUCCUGGACUUUAUUGGCGAGCCGAAGGACUCGCCCCGCCGCAAGCAAAAGGGCAUCUACACAUCGUACACGGUUGGAUCGGGCGACCAGACCAUCAAGUUCAUUCUCGUCGACAACCGAUACCACCGCGAUCCUUACAACACAAAAAACGGCAACCUUCUCGGAGAUGCCCAGUGGGAGUGGCUGGAGAAUGAACUCAUGACGUCCACAGCUGCUUUCAAUGUGAUCGUGUCUGGAGUUCAAAUUCUGCCGGGUGACCGCUAUCCUUUUGCCGAGUGCUGGGGACGCUUCCCAAGUCAGCGCGAGCGACUGCUUAAGCUGAUUCUGGCCUCAAACGCGAAGGGCGUCAUUCUUCUCAGUGGUGAUGUGCAUUUUUCGGAGAUCAACCAGGUUGUGUGCUCGAACGGAAAGAACAAGAUCACCGAAGUGACCAGCUCGGGCCUAACGCAUAGCUGGAUGGAGUUCCACGUGCCAUCGAUGAAGUAUGUCAUGGCUCUGCUGUUCACCUACGCGAACCUCGUGUUGCCGUGGGAGUUCCGCCCUACCCAGAAGUCUUUCUACGGCCACCUCAACUGGGGCUCUAUCGACAUCGACUGGGAACACAAGCCGCACCCUAUCGCGGUGGUCAAGACCCGUGGUGCCGAUGACGACGUCAAGCUCCAGUACACCUUCGAGUCCACCCCUUUCCACUCGGCCGCUCCGGAGCAAGACGCCAGUGAAUGCAGAGCGCCACGUGGGAUCCCGACCUGGCAGCGAAUGCUUUGGACCGGUCUGUUCGUGGGCAUGGUGGGAGCUUCCCUUCUGUGUGUCCCAUUGAACGCGUUCAUUUUGCUCUGGCUGGUGUGGUUCUUCGCCAAGAAGAUCCUCGCGUUGGUGUUCCCUGGCAAGAAGUCCGCCAAGGUUGUCGACAGCAAGAAGAACGACUAA